AUGGGAAAGGCAGAGAACUAUGAACUGUACUCAGUGGAGCUGGGGUCUGGCCCUGGUGGGGACAAGACCGCCAAGAUGAGCAAGAAGAAGGCAGGUGGUGGGGGAGGCAAGAAGAAGGAGAAGCUGGAGAACAUGAAGAAGGAGAUGGAGAUGAACGACCAUCAGCUGUCAGUGUCUGAGCUGGAGCAGAAGUACCGGACCAGCGCCACCAAGGGCCUGACUGCAAGCCUGGCAGCUGAACUGCUGCUGAGGGAUGGGCCCAACGCGCUUCGGCCCCCUCGCGGCACCCCUGAGUAUGUGAAGUUUGCCCGGCAGCUGGCAGGCGGUCUGCAGUGCCUCAUGUGGGUGGCUGCUGCCAUCUGCCUCAUUGCCUUUGCCAUCCAGGCCAGUGAGGGUGACCUGACCACAGAUGAUAACCUGUACCUGGCGCUGGCGCUGAUCGCUGUGGUAGUAGUCACUGGCUGUUUCGGCUACUACCAGGAGUUCAAGAGCACAAAUAUCAUCGCCAGCUUCAAGAAUCUCGUGCCCCAGCAAGCCACUGUGAUCCGAGACGGGGACAAGUUCCAGAUCAAUGCGGAUCAGCUUGUGGUGGGCGAUCUUGUGGAGAUGAAAGGCGGGGACCGUGUCCCAGCAGACAUCCGCAUUCUGUCGGCCCAGGGCUGCAAGGUGGACAACUCCUCUCUCACUGGAGAGUCUGAACCGCAGACCCGCUCACCUGAGUGUACACAUGAGAGUCCCCUGGAGACCCGCAACAUCGCCUUCUUCUCUACGAUGUGUCUGGAGGGCACAGCGCAGGGCCUGGUGGUGAGCACAGGUGAUCGCACCAUCAUUGGCCGCAUCGCAUCGCUGGCCUCGGGCGUGGAGAAUGAGAAGACGCCUAUUGCGAUCGAGAUUGAACAUUUCGUGGACAUCAUUGCGGGCCUGGCCAUUCUUUUUGGUGCCACAUUCUUUGUGGUGGCCAUGUGUAUCGGCUACACCUUCCUUCGGGCCAUGGUCUUCUUUAUGGCCAUUGUGGUAGCCUAUGUGCCCGAGGGGCUGCUGGCUACCGUCACAGUCUGCCUGUCACUGACAGCCAAGCGGCUGGCCAGUAAAAACUGCGUGGUCAAAAACCUAGAAGCGGUGGAAACCCUGGGUUCCACGUCAGUCAUCUGCUCAGACAAGACGGGAACUCUCACUCAGAACCGCAUGACGGUGUCCCAUCUAUGGUUUGAUAACCAUAUCCACACGGCGGACACCACGGAAGAUCAGUCAGGCCAGACGUUCGACCAGUCCUCGGAGACAUGGCGGGCGCUGUGCCGCGUGCUCACCCUGUGCAACCGCGCCGCCUUCAAGUCUGGCCAGGACGCCGUACCGGUGCCCAAGCGCAUCGUGAUCGGAGACGCCUCUGAGACAGCGCUGCUCAAGUUUUCGGAGCUGACACUGGGCAACGCCAUGGGCUACCGGGACCGCUUCCCCAAAGUUUGCGAGAUCCCCUUCAACUCCACCAACAAAUUCCAGCUGUCCAUCCACACGCUGGAGGAUCCACGGGACUCCCGGCACUUGCUGGUGAUGAAGGGCGCCCCCGAGCGUGUGCUGGAGCGCUGCAGCUCCAUCCUCAUCAAAGGCCAGGAGCUGCCACUAGAUGAGCAAUGGCGUGAGGCUUUCCAAACGGCCUAUCUCAGCCUGGGAGGUCUAGGCGAACGUGUCCUUGGUUUCUGCCAGCUCUACCUGAAUGAGAAGGACUACCCACCUGGCUAUGCCUUCGACGUGGAGGCCAUGAAUUUUCCAAGCAGUGGCCUCUGCUUUGCGGGACUCGUCUCCAUGAUUGACCCUCCUCGGGCCACCGUCCCUGAUGCUGUGCUCAAGUGCCGCACGGCAGGCAUCCGGGUGAUCAUGGUGACCGGUGACCAUCCCAUUACAGCCAAGGCCAUCGCAGCCAGUGUGGGCAUCAUCUCAGAAGGCAGUGAGACAGUGGAAGACAUUGCUGCCCGCCUCCGCAUGCCCGUGGACCAGGUUAAUCGGAAGGAUGCCCGGGCCUGUGUGAUCAAUGGCAUGCAGCUAAAGGACAUGGACCCAUCUGAGCUGGUGGAGGCCCUGCGCACCCACCCUGAGAUGGUCUUUGCUCGCACUAGUCCCCAGCAGAAGCUGGUCAUUGUGGAGAGCUGUCAGCGACUGGGUGCCAUUGUGGCUGUAACAGGAGAUGGUGUGAAUGACUCCCCAGCCCUGAAGAAAGCCGACAUCGGUGUAGCCAUGGGUAUCGCUGGCUCAGAUGCUGCCAAAAAUGCUGCUGACAUGAUCUUGCUGGACGACAACUUUGCUUCCAUUGUGACUGGCGUGGAGCAGGGCCGACUGAUCUUCGACAACCUGAAGAAAUCCAUCGCCUAUACACUGACCAAGAACAUUCCAGAACUGACACCCUACCUCAUCUAUAUCACUGUUAGCGUGCCCCUACCCCUUGGCUGCAUCACCAUCCUCUUCAUAGAGCUCUGCACAGAUAUCUUCCCAUCGGUGUCCCUGGCAUAUGAGAAGGCCGAGAGCGACAUCAUGCACCUGCGUCCACGGAACCCCAGGCGUGACCGCUUGGUCAAUGAACCCCUGGCUGCUUACUCCUAUUUCCAGAUUGGUGCCAUCCAGUCAUUUGCGGGCUUUGCUGAUUACUUCACCGCCAUGGCCCAGGAGGGCUGGUUCCCUCUGUUGUGUGUGGGACUGCGGCCACAGUGGGAGGACCACCACCUACAAGAUCUUCAGGACAGCUAUGGCCAGGAAUGGACAUUUGGUCAGCGUCUGUACCAGCAGUACACCUGUUACACGGUGUUCUUCAUCAGCAUCGAGAUGUGCCAGAUCGCUGAUGUCCUCAUCCGCAAGACACGUCGCCUCUCUGCUUUCCAGCAGGGCUUCUUCAGGAACAGGAUCCUGGUGAUUGCCAUCGUGUUCCAGGUCUGCAUCGGGUCCUUCCUGUGCUACUGCCCGGGGAUGCCCAACAUCUUCAACUUCAUGCCCAUCCGGUUUCAGUGGUGGCUGGUCCCCAUGCCCUUCGGCCUCCUCAUCUUUGUCUAUGAUGAGAUCCGGAAACUUGGAGUUCGCUGUUGCCCAGGGAGCUGGUGGGAUCAGGAACUCUACUAUUAG